AUGGCCGACGCGGUAGAAGAUGCCGGCUCCGUUUCCGAGCCCAUGGACCUCGUCCGCCUUUUGCUUGAUGAGGUUGUCUGUGUCAAGCUGAGAGGUGAUCGCGAGCUCAAGGGCCGUUUGCACGCCUACGACUCCCAUUGCAACCUAGUCCUCGGAGAAGUCGAAGAGACCAUUUACGUUGUUGACGAUGAAGAUGCCGAUGAGGAUGAUUUGAAGACCAUCUCCCGCAAAUCCGAAAUGCUCUUCGUCCGCGGCGACUCGGUCGUGCUCAUCUCGCCUUAUACCCGAUCUUGA